GCGGACGUUGUCUACCAACUGGACCAACUGUCAAAGUUUGUAGUUUCGAACUAACCUCAAACUUAUUAAUUCCAGAAGAAUCGUAAAGAGAAAAGUGCCAAGUCUACUUGAAAAUAGGAAAAAUAUAUUUAGUCAACACGCAACGAGCUGGAAGGAAGGUGCGCGCGUUGGUGAAGAUCGGCGGGGCAAGGGGGUGAUGCUCUAGGGAUUGUGAUUGACGUAGCCAGCGACGAAGAGCAUCAAAAAGCAGAAGGAGGGUCUUCCGUUCCGGCAUAAUAGUUUCUUGUGCAGUGUACAAUCUAAGCUUCUCGAUAAAUUUUCACUUUAUUCAGAGCAAUUCAAUAAUUAAAAGAGUUUUGUUCAUCGAAUUCUUUCAAAGAAAUCGUGACUCCGCAAUUAUUUAAUCAUCAUGAAUGAGGAAUACGACGCUAUUGUUCUCGGCACCGGUCUCAAGGAAUGCAUCCUCUCGGGAAUGCUGUCUGUCAGCGGAAAAAAGGUGCUACACGUCGACCGCAACAAGUAUUACGGUGGCGAAUCUGCUUCCAUCACGCCCCUUGAAGAUCUCUUCAGUAAAUUUAAUACACCGCCGCCAGAUGAGAGCUGUGGACGAGGUCGCGAUUGGAAUGUGGAUUUAAUUCCAAAAUUUUUAAUGGCAAAUGGAAUUCUCGUGAAACUUUUGAUUCACACUGGCGUGACACGUUAUCUCGAGUUCAAGUGCAUUGAAGGCUCUUAUGUUUAUAAAUCGGGAAAAAUUGCCAAAGUGCCAAUCGAUCAAGCUGAGGCCUUGAAUAGUGACUUGAUGGGAAUAUUCGAAAAGAGGCGCUUUAAAAAUUUUCUAACAUGGGUUCAGAAUAUGCAGGAGGAUGAUCCUAAAACUUGGGAUGGCUUUGAUCCAUUCAGCAAUAGCAUGAGCGCACUUUAUAAUAAAUUUAAUCUUGAUAAAAAUACCCAAGAUUUUACCGGGCAUGCUCUUGCACUCUAUAGGGACGACGAUUAUAUUGGAAGAAGUGCAAUAAAUACGGUUCGUAAGAUAAAACUUUACAGUGAUAGUUUAGCCCGUUAUGGAAAAUCGCCAUAUCUUUAUCCAAUGUACGGCUUGGGGGAACUUCCUCAAGGAUUUGCACGUUUAAGUGCCAUUUAUGGAGGAACCUACAUGCUAGACAAACCGAUCGAUGAAAUCGUCGUAGAAAAUGGAAAGGUUAUUGGCGUACGUUCCGGAGACGAAAUCGCCAAGUGCAAACAAGUCUUUUGCGAUCCCACCUAUACGCCCGAACGCAUAAAACGAAAUGGCAAAGUCAUAAGAUGCAUUUGCUUAAUGGAUCAUCCAAUUUCAAAUACAGGCGACGCAUUGUCCACUCAAAUCAUCAUUCCCCAAAAGCAGGUGGGACGUCAAUCGGACAUUUAUGUGUCAAUGGUUUCGCACACACAUCAAGUUGCCGCGAAGGGUUGGUUCAUUGCAAUGGUUUCAACCACCGUUGAAACUGAUAAUCCUGAAAUUGAAAUUAAACCCGGUCUCGAUCUUUUGGGACCAAUUAAACAGAAAUUCGUCUCAAUUUCUGACUAUUUUGUCCCAACAGACAAUGGCAUUGAAAGUCAAAUUUUCGUCUCGGAAAGUUACGACGCAACAACACACUUUGAAACAACUUGCCUCGAUGUUCUCGAUAUAUUUAAACGCGCAACUGGCGAGGAAUUUGACUUGAAUAAAGUCAAACACGAACUCGGUGACGAGGAUCAGUAACUAUAAAAAUUGCUCUAUUGUGGAGAAAAGAGAAAAAAUCUCUGACAAGAAAAGAAAAUAAUAAACAUCUCGUACUAUUGUGUAAAAAAAUCGCUCUCUUGUGUCUUCAAGUUGUUGCGAGCGGAGCCUAAGAAUUCCAAAAAAAAAAGAUUCUUUUCAAGGACAUCCUCACAAAAAAAGGGGGUUUAGGUGAAGAUUUUUUAGGGAAUAUAUUUUUUAAGUUUAAGAAAAUAAUUGUGUUGAGAUGCAAUUCUCAUCGUCAAUAUAUUUUUAAGUUUAGAGAAAGAGAAAUGGAUAGGCAAUAUAUUCAGGAAAAUGCAUUUAACGAACAAAAACGGCGAUGAGAUGGAUAAAAAUAUUAGAAGUGGAUGGGAAAAGAGAGAAAGAGGUCAAAUUACCGAUAACUCAAAAUCGAUACUUCUUACCUAAAAAAAGUCUUACAAUAAAUAAAAAAAAUAACAUUAAGAAGAAAGUACAAGUGUUGACGCGCAUCUAAGCGAAGAUAUUGCAAAAUGUACCAUAUUUUAACUAACGAAUGUUAUACUGGUUAAUAAUAUAAACGAAUUGUCUAUUAUGAGUGUGACCGAUACGAGAGAAAGAGAGAUUAGAAAGAAAAUUAAUUACCUCCUAAGUGAACGAUCUCGUUAAAGAAAAAAAAAUCCAAUAGAGACGAUGAAUUUUCUUUUAGCCGUCGUUUUUUAAAAACAAAUUACAAUCGUAACGACAGCAGGCCUUCGUUUUAGAGAAUGAUCUAAAUUAUUGUCAUAACUAGCAUAUUUUUAUUAUUAUUAUUACUAUUAUUAUCAUAAUACCUAUUAUCAUUGUAAAGAAAAAAUCUGUAUACAAAUUUGUAUACAAUACGAUAAAACUUUAUACGAAAAUCUACACUUAUAAUGUUAUAAUAAUUAUUCAUUAUACACUAUUAUUAUAUAUUACAAUAUCUAAUAAUAUUGUAUAUAUCAUAAUAUAAUGUUAUAAAAAAAAAUCUUAUCAGAAUCGAAAGGUUAUAAUACGGGCUGCAUGUGCUAUUUGGGAACUAUUUAGAAUUAGGGGAAAGUACGUUAAAAUAUAUAUUGUGAAAAAAUUGGGCAGAUAAGAACGAAGCAUUUCAAUUAAAAAAAUUUAUCAAGUAUUUUUCUCUUUCGUAAUAUGCUUAUAAAUAUAUUUCCUUUCUUUUGCUUUUUCAAAUGAAUGUGUCGUGAUAAUUGUCGUUAAUUGUUUAUUAAAAAAAAAAAAUCAUGUUUAAUGUGUCUGAAAGUUUAAAAAAAAAUUUUGCCGUGCUUCCACGCCCUUUGCAUUAGCUACACGUGAAACAGCAUAACGUACAAUCUCACAAAUUAUCAAUGAAAAAAAAUCCGUUUCGCCAAGCGAAGCAUUUUCAGGAUGUUGCGAUUACUGUAAUACAAGACCCUUACAAAUAAAAACAUAUUGUGCUACUUUCUCUCUUA